GAGACGAUUCAAUAGUUGACUGUUCCUAUUUUAUAGCAAGUAAAAUAAGUCAAAAUAAUAUCGUCCAGUUAUUCCACAGCGGUAGUUUCGUUGAUGAAAAUGUAAAAUAUUUUUCCAGCUGUUAAGAAAAUAAGCGUCUUGACUAAUCGGUAUGGAGCGCUGAGUUAUGGCAAUUACCCAUGAUGUCCACAAGGCGGCGCUGCCUUACCCUUGAUGCGGUAUGUCAUGUCAGAAACCGCAAUAUUUUCAUCUUUAAAAAAAAUAAUCAAAAUAUAUCAGUGACACUACACAAACAAUGAUAAUGUUUGAGUACAAGAUAUGAAUAAUCGAAUCUGAUGUUAAGUCUUAAUUGUCUGUGGGAGUGGGCAUCAGUUUUGGUGGCUUCCGAUUAGACGGUCGAGCCGCAUAAUAAGACGAGCGAAGUAAAAAACGGAGUAGUUGACAGCCACCCCCGAUCCACUGCGGUUCCUCCCCCUUUCCUUCCCCCUUCACUUCAUGUCAUUAACAGGUGCCUGUCCAAAAUAGACGCACGGCCGCUGUGUGACAGAAACAGGCAUGUUUUCAAUCACGCUGGCACGGCUUGCGUUCUGUAUUCCACCGUGUAUGUAUCGGUGUGGCCGUGUACGGGUAAUGUUAGUAAGUCGUAAGCCGAGGUUUUGCACAGUGACCACAGACACACAUAGACGGAUCUUUCCUAAAGAGUGUUGGCCAACCGGGCUGCAGCCCCCUCCCCUGUUGCACCCACUUUCCAUUACUGUUAUUUACCCCCCCCCACUCCUUCCGUCGCUCUCUUUCUCUUUCACUAACUCCCUCGUUCUCUUAAUUUUCAAGCGUCUUCUCCUGAACUCAGCACCAAACUGCAGAGAACUGCAAGAAAGGAAACACUGGGAUGGAGCUUCGUUUAUAGCCUUAUGUUUUUUUUUUAAAUUUGAUCCUCUAUCCUAGUGGGAGCUUUAUUUAUUUAUUUAUUUAUUUUAAAGCUUCAUCAUUGCAUCAAUACUAAAUACUCCCAAGUGUUCCACCUCAAACCCACGUGGUCAAAUGUGGAACAACUUCUUCGUGCCCCAGGACGAUGAGGGCCGCGUGGGGGCGGCGAGCAGUGGCCAAGGCGGCGGACUGGCUGCCCUUAAGGGCGGACGAGCCCAGAGGCGGACCCAAAAGAUGAGCGACAGCCAGGACGGCAAGAUCAAGCUGGUCUUCCUGGUGUGCGCGGUGGGCGUGACGCUCACCGUGCUGGGCGUGGUCACUGAAUUUUGGGUGGAGCUGGCGCAGCCCAAGAACUUUGCCGGCAACCAGACGUGCCAGAUGGCGCACUAUGGUCUGUGGAAGGCCUGCGUGCACACCCUGUGGGUGGCUGACGUGGACCCCGAGAGGGCCAGCUGCGGUCCGGCUGAACUACCGGGAGAAUCCAACUGCACCUACUUCAAAUUCUUCACCUCGGGGGAAAACGCCGUCGUGUUCAAGAAGACAACAACCAAGAACUUGAACCUGGCGGCUGCCAUUUUUGCUCUUCUCAGUCUGACAAUGAUGGUGACGGGCUCCAUCUGCAUCAUCAUGACGCUCAGCAAAGGCGUGGUAUUCUUCCUCAAGCCAGCCUCUUUCUGCUUCAUACUCUCAGGUGUCCUGGUCCUGGUCUCGGUCCUGAUGUUUCACCAGUCCGUGCUGGCCUUGCUGUCCAGCGACCACUCCGUCCCGCUGCACCACCAGCUGUCCUGGUCGGCGGCCUGUGCCGGCUCGGCGGGCGCUGUCCUCAUUUUCGGAGGCGUCCUUUUCCUCAUCCUUUCGCUUCCCGUCACUUCGUGGCAGAAGUGCUUGCAGCACAACAGCGCCACCUAG